AUGGAUCCACUGUCAGAUAGAGAUGCAUACCAACAACUAGGACAACGUUUAAAUCAACAACAUUCAGAACAGCUUUCAACUCAAUUACAAGUUUUCCGAUCUGCUUUAAUCAAUUUUGUCAAUGAUCAUAGUAAUGAAAUCAAAAGUAAUGCUGAAUUUCGAUCUAAAUUCAAUCAAAUUUCACAACUGAUUGGAAUGGAUCCAUUGGAUCUACUAAUAUAUUCCAACUCCAAAUCCAAGAGCAAUGGUAAUAAACAUGGUGGAAGUAAUUUUAUUACUGGAUUGUCUGUAAAGAUUGUUGAAAUAUGUCAAGAGACUCGAGACUUGAAUGGCGGACUAAUCGCAAUACGAGAAUUACAAUCAAUUUUGACUGACAAUUCAUCGGAUUUGACAAUAGACAUAUCUACCAAACAUAUAGAACAAGCAAUAACCAUUUUAAAUUCCAUGGGUAAAAACUAUGAACUAAUCGUGAUCAAUAAUGAAUCGUGGUUAAAAUUUUCUUCAAUCGAGAAUCUAUCUAAUGACCAAUUGAAGAUUUAUGAAUUAUGUGGUUUUAUGGGUGGAUAUGUUACGAUGGGAUUAAUUAGAGAUAAUUAUGGUUGGGAUAAAAUUAGAAUCAAGAAUGUGAUUGAUGAAAUGAUUAUGAAUGGGAUAUUAUGGGUUGACGAACAAGGCGAAGACGAAUGGCAGUAUUGGGAACCAUCUUGGAUAUCUCAUUAA